GACCACAGUUUUUAUCUGGGCUUUGAUUUGGGGACAACAGUAUUUUAAUGACUAGGGCAUUUUAGGAGAAGCUAGUGGCCAGGAAAGAUAUUCUUAAAAUCAGUAUGAACUUAAUUUUUUCACUUCUGCCCUCUCAAAGUUUACCUUAGACCCAAUGUGUGGUGGAAAUUCACCCUCCAAGCAUCUGCUUUUCUCCAGUUUGGAAUGUUUUCCUCCAGAGCAGUCUUGUUUUUGAAAUGAUUUGCGGGCUGCCGGAGGAGGCUGCAAGAGGAAGUCUGACCCGCCAAGCCCAUCUGGAAGUGGUUUCAGGGACCACAUCAGUGGGCCAGCACAACGCCUGGAUUCCCAGCUGCCUGGAACAGGGGUGGAAGAAACCCGAGCUUCUCCAGAGUCUGCGCAAGCAAGGGAGGUGCAGUGGGGGAGGAAGACUGUCUUGGAAACGGAAUAUUGGCCUUGAGGCUCUCCAGCCCUUUGAGAUUUCCAAUGGGAUUGUAGAAGCCGCUGAAGCUGUGUGAGGGGCAGCAUCCCAGGGCCAGCCACGAUUUGAAUGCUCUGCCCUGCAGUUCUUCUGGACCGAGGAGCCCUGCCCUCACCGCUCACCAGGUCACAGUUUUUAUCCACAUGAACACACAUGGCUUUGUUACGAAAAAUUAACCAGGUGUUGCUGUUCCUUCUGAUUGUGACCGUCUGUGGAAUUCUGUAUAAGAAAGUUCAUAGGGGGACUGUGCUCAGGAACGAAACAGAUGAUGACUCUGAGACUCCUGAGGAUAUGGAAGAUGAGAUUCCGGUGGUGAUUUGUGCAGCAGCAGGGAGGAUGGGUGCAGCUAUGGCUGCCAUCAACAGCAUCUACAGCAACACUGAUGCCAACAUUUUGUUCUAUGUAGUUGGACUCCGGAACACUCUGUCCAGAAUACGAAAAUGGAUCGAACAUUCUAAACUGAGAGAAAUAAACUUUAAAAUCGUGGAAUUCAACCCUGUGGUCCUCAAAGGAAAGAUCAGACCAGACUCUGCAAGGCCUGAACUGCUCCAGCCUCUGAACUUUGUUCGAUUUUAUCUCCCUCUGCUUAUCCAUCAACACGAGAAAGUCAUCUAUUUGGAUGAUGACGUAAUCGUACAAGGGGACAUCCAAGAGCUGUACGACACGACCUUGGCCCUGGGCCACGCGGCAGCUUUCUCAGAUGACUGCGAUUUGCCCUCCUCCCAGGACAUACACAGACUUGUGGGGCUGCAGAACACGUAUAUGGGCUAUCUGGACUACCGGAAGAAGACGAUAAAAGACCUUGGCAUCAGCCCCAGCACUUGCUCUUUCAAUCCUGGUGUGAUUGUUGCCAACAUGACAGAAUGGAAGCACCAGCGUAUCACCAAACAAUUGGAGAAAUGGAUGCAAAAAAACGUAGAGGAAAAUCUCUACAGCAGCUCCCUGGGAGGAGGGGUGGCCACCUCCCCAAUGCUGAUUGUGUUUCACGGGAAAUACUCCACCAUCAACCCCCUGUGGCACAUAAGGCACCUGGGCUGGAAUCCAGAUACCAGAUAUUCGGAGCAUUUUCUGCAGGAAGCAAAACUACUCCACUGGAAUGGAAGACAUAAACCUUGGGACUUCCCUAGUGUUCACAACGACUUAUGGGAGAGCUGGUUUGUUCCUGACCCUGCAGGGAUAUUUAAACUCCAUCAUCCCAACAGCUGAUAUAACACGACAUUUUAAAUAUUUCCCGUCUAAAUAAUGUGGAACUGUCCAUGUGUAGCCUACUAUACACCACUGUUCUUUAUGAACAGUACCUCUGAUACAAAUGAUCCACAAAAACAAAAAACCCUACUGUGUACAAAUAGUACCUUGAAUCAUGUAGGUAUUGAUUUACUUCCUUAAGUACAAGUGGCAGUUAUAGAAGAUAAUGUGAGUGAAACAUGCUAUUGGGAAGAAAUAAACCCAGAUAGAUUUCAGCAAUCUGCUUAACUCUGAAUGAAAAUUAUAGCCACAAAUUAAAAAAAUUUCUAAAUGCAUUUUUCACAUGUAGAUAUUUUUUAACAGGUUGUCUUGUCUUGGGUAGAACAAUAUAUUACAUUUAAAACAUGAAAUGUCUGAAAAAAUAAAAUAUUCAUAGAUUUUUAAUGAUUUUCAUUAUAUAUUAUUCUACAUGUUAAAUAUAGUAGAAGACAGACUGAUCUCAGGUUAACAAGGGGAAGGAAUACCAGUAAGUCUUGCUAAAGAAAACAAUGCAACUUAAGGAUAAUCAUCUUCAAUAUAUUUUAUUGUAAAAACCAUCAGAUUUUCAAAUGCAUUU